GGGGCGCGGCAGUUCCUGGUCGCGCAUGGCUGGCGCAUCGUGGAGCGCGAGUUCCUCGAGCUGCCACCGAGCGACGACCCGGCGGCGCAGGCGGCGGCGCAGGCGGCGGCGGUGGCGGCGCUCACUCUGGCGGUCGCCCAGGCACAGGAGGAGCGGCGCCGCGCCGAGCUCGAGGCGCGGAAGCGCGAGGCAGCGGAGCGCGUCGCGAAGCAAAAGGCGGACCGCGAGGCGAUGAAGGCGGCCAUGGCAAGGGACCGUGCAGAGGUUGCGGCGCGGGGGCCGGCCCAGGCUUCGGUCGCAAAGAAGCUGCCCACCGAGUCGGCGGGCAGCAUGUCCUCCGCCAUCUUCCAAGAGCAAGAGGAGGCGGAGGCGCGCGCCAACGCGCGGUGAGACGCGCGGCGACGGACAAGCGUUGCCGCCGGCGUGGACUCGCAGUGCCGUUUUGUGGGACUCGCAGUGCCAUCGCCGUUUAUGCUGUCGCGUGUGUGGGGAGCUUUGCUCCUGCUGACACACACGCAUGAGCGCUCGAGAGUGGUGCGGAGAGCGGUGAGAGGUAUGACGGGGCUCUGGCCAACCGGGGCCGGUGCCGGCGCGGGACCAUCCGGAGACGCAAACCUCGCCACGCGGGAUUUCUUUUCGAAAAAAGAGACCUG